AUGGGAUACAACGGUUGCGACCUGAUUCCACCUCAAGACACGGAGUCCUACCUGCUGAAAACGCAAAAUGCAAUUACCAACCUUCAAGCAAAAUUGAAUUCGUCGCGCAAUACCAACAUUCCGUCUCAAUUGACAACUAGUCUCAUCAGUGAGAAGACCCUGGUCUCAAGACUUCCACUGUCACAGCUAAGCCGGUCUAACUCUCUUAAUUAUAGACUGCGAAGAAAGGAUAAUUCAGGUGACGGUAGCCCACUCCGAAGUCCUGGACAUUACGUCAUCACAGGCUCCUCAAAGGUAGACCACCGACGGCUCAACAAUGCCUCCAGAUCCUUAGACACCGAACCAAGACGGGAUUCAAACAUGAACAGCCCCGAUUCCCACAGAGGCCUCCUCAGCAACAGCUCAGACGAUAAAACUCUCUCGAACCGACCCACUAUGUCGCCAAAAACACACACACGGCACAAGUCCUUCGACGGACGAACUGAUUACAUUAAAGACAUAAACACGAAUGUGUGCCUUAAAGCUGUGCUGAAAAACAACGCCCUGGAUACCAAUUUAAGAAUCGAUCAAACGCGCCAACCCCCAAACGUGAUCAAACGCUCUAGUUCGUUCAACACUGUCAAGAAUAACAACUUUAUUGAAACACGAAAAGUUUCGCGGCGUUUGAGCGGUCAUUCGGAUAUUUCGGAUGAUACAGAUAACGGAUCCUUUGAUAAGGAUCUGCGGAAGAGGGUGUUCUCGCCGGAGUUGACCACUGUUCCCUCGAAUUCGCCGCGAUGCCCGAACACACCGGAAAUGCAGAGAAAGUUCGGACCGGGGUUGGUUAGGAAUACUAGGGUGACGAAUAAAGGACGAAUGUCAGAACCGCCGAUGGCGAGGAAACCGACCAAUCAUCAGAGCAGACAGGAUUCCAAAGUUAUGAAUAGGCUUACCAAGUCCAGGUCGUCAACAAGAGAGCCACCAAAGUCUGAUAAAGCACAAAAGAAACCCAACCAGCACCGUUCAUCAUCAGCGUUAGCUACGAAAGAGAAAGAGUUCACCAACUGGAAGAAGAGAUCCUCAUACGAUCCGAUGAAGGCAGCGCAGGAAGGGAAAAAGAAACAGCAGAUGGCGAAAAGGCAAGAAUGUAACAAGGAUGACCUUAGUUCACCCAGCCACUCGUCACCCGUGCAUCGAUCCCAGUCAUUCCACACCACGAAUAUGGCUGAUCUCACCUUGGAUUACUCCUCCGAGGGUACAGAGGAUGACCAGCCGACGUUGCCAAUUGACCCUAUGAUUACAUCCACGCAUUCUGACAUCCUGGAUUUGAGGAGAAAAGGCUUGACCAAUGAUGUGAUUUUGGGCAGAAGUUAUGUUGCAACUUUUAAGGUAUCCCAAGUGGAGAAACCGAAACGUCAUGACAAACACAAAACAGGCAAAGAGGUUGACAAGCGCAGAACCUUCAUACUUGACAGUGAUACGAACUCUACGACAAACGGCAGCAGUCCCAGAAAUAGUUCAAUAUUCAGUCACGAGAAGAAUUCGUACACGGACACUGAAGGAGAGAGCGGGACGGAGAGUGCGCCCGUCAUGCGACAGAACAAGACGCAAGUGCAGCCGAAACAAAGAUACAGUGGUGACUACUCCAUGUCAUCUUCAACAACCUCAAUUGGCCAUAAAAAGCCUAAAGAAAUCCAGCCCCGUUAUAUGGAUAUAUCUAAAUACAAAGCAGAGAAUUCUCCAAAGACCUUCUUACGACGGGAUCCGAGUAAAACUUACGUUGGAGUGCUAAAUGAACGGCCAGUCAGUAAGGGAAGCGCUCAGCACUAUGAAAUGGAACAAAAGAAACAAGAAUUAGAGAAGUGGAAACGCAGGGCGUCAUACGAUCCGAGGAAAGCCGCGGCUCUCGGCAAGUCGAAAACUCCGCCCAAGACUGCGAGCAACGUCCUACGUUCGCAGUCGUUCCAUGGGCCGGUUUUGUCGCCGAAUCUUCGUUACCAGCCUCCGCCGGCGCAAAUAAAUGAAUCCUACGAUGCUUCGAGCGAUAACGAUUUUUAG